GCGCGCGCGCUUGUGGGGAGAUGAGGCAGCUGCUGCGUCCGAUUGACCGCCAGCGAUACGACGAGAACGAGGACUUGUCGGACGUGGAGGAGAUCGUCAGCGUCCGCGGCUUCAGCCUGGAGGAGAAGCUUCGCAGCCAGUUGUACCAGGGGGACUUCGUGCACGCCAUGGAGGGCAAAGAUUUCAACUAUGAGUACGUACAGAGAGAAGCUCUCAGGGUUCCCCUGAUAUUUCGAGAAAAGGAUGGACUGGGAAUUAAGAUGCCUGACCCUGAUUUCACAGUCCGAGACGUCAAACUCCUAGUGGGGAGUCGGCGGCUUGUGGACGUGAUGGAUGUGAACACCCAGAAGGGCACAGAGAUGAGCAUGUCCCAGUUUGUGCGUUACUACGAGACGCCCGAGGCCCAGCGGGACAAGCUGUACAACGUCAUCAGCCUAGAGUUCAGCCACACCAAGCUGGAGCACUUGGUCAAGCGUCCGACUGUGGUAGACCUGGUGGACUGGGUGGACAACAUGUGGCCCCAGCAUCUGAAGGAGAAGCAGACAGAAGCCACGAAUGCCAUUGCAGAGAUGAAGUAUCCGAAAGUGAAGAAGUACUGUCUGAUGAGCGUGAAAGGUUGUUUCACCGACUUCCACAUCGACUUUGGAGGCACUUCCGUUUGGUACCAUGUUUUCCGGGGUGGGAAGAUUUUUUGGCUGAUUCCUCCAACGCUGCACAAUUUGGCGCUGUACGAGGAGUGGGUGCUGUCAGGCAAACAGAGUGACAUCUUUCUGGGAGACCGUGUGGAACGAUGCCAAAGAAUUGAGCUGAAGCAGGGCUACACAUUUUUCAUCCCUUCCGGUUGGAUCCAUGCCGUCUACACCCCUGUAGACUCUUUGGUAUUCGGCGGAAACAUCCUGCACAGCUUUAACGUGCCCAUGCAGCUGCGGAUCUACGAGAUCGAGGACAGGACGCGGGUGCAGCCCAAAUUCCGUUACCCCUUCUACUAUGAGAUGUGCUGGUAUGUCCUGGAGAGAUACGUGUACUGUGUGACCCAGCGCUCCCACCUCACUCAGGAAUACCAGAGGGAGUCGAUGCUUAUUGGUUGGGUUUUUAUCUAUGUUAAGAGCAGUCCUGUGAGAUGCAGCCAGUCCCCGAAAACCCAAGGCGUCUUUGGGGCAGCAGGAGGGGUGACCAGGGCAGGUGGUGCAGGCCUGGAGGAGCAGGAGAGAGUUCCAUCUGCCAAUGAGAAGGGACAACGUGAGGGAGACACCCUCUCCAUCCAGAGCCGCUGUGUGCCGCUGCCUGUGCCCAGGAAUGUCCUGAAGGAGCACGCGGACGAUGACCCUAGUCUGGCCAUCACUGGGGUCCCUGUGGUGACUUGGCCAAAGAAGACUCCAAAGAACCGGGCUGUGGGUCGGCCCAAGGGGAAGCUGGGCCCGGCCUCCGCGGUGAAGUUGGCCGCCAACCGGACAACGGCAGGAGCUCGGCGGCGCCGGACGCGAUGCCGCAAGUGCGAGGCCUGCCUGCGGACCGAGUGCGGAGAGUGCCACUUCUGCAAGGACAUGAAGAAGUUCGGGGGCCCCGGGCGCAUGAAGCAGAGCUGCAUCAUGCGGCAGUGCAUCGCGCCAGUGCUCCCCCACACCGCCGUGUGCCUUGUGUGUGGCGAGGCGGGGAAGGAAGACACGGUGGAAGAGGAGGAAGGCAAGUUUAACCUCAUGCUCAUGGAGUGCUCCAUCUGCAACGAAAUCAUCCACCCCGGAUGCCUUAAGAUUAAGGAGUCAGAGGGUGUGGUCAACGACGAGCUUCCAAACUGCUGGGAGUGUCCGAAGUGUAACCACGCCGGCAAGACCGGGAAACAAAAGCGUGGCCCUGGCUUUAAGUACGCCUCCAACCUGCCCGGCUCCCUGCUCAAGGAGCAGAAGAUGAACCGGGACAACAAGGAAGGGCAGGAACCUGCCAAGCGGAGGAGCGAAUGUGAGGAGGCACCCCGGCGCAGGUCGGACGAGCACCCCAAGAAGGUGCCACCGGACGGCCUCCUGCGCAGAAAGUCUGAUGACGUGCACCUGAGGAAGAAGCGGAAAUACGAGAAGCCCCAGGAGCUGAGUGGACGCAAGCGGGCCUCAUCGCUUCAAACGUCCCCCGGUUCCUCCUCUCACCUCUCGCCGAGGCCCCCUCUAGGCAGCAGCCUCAGCCCCUGGUGGAGAUCCAGUCUCACUUACUUCCAGCAGCAGCUCAAACCUGGCAAAGAAGAUAAGCUUUUCAGGAAAAAGCGUCGGUCCUGGAAGAACGCCGAGGACCGCAUGGCGCUGGCCAACAAGCCCCUCCGGCGCUUCAAGCAGGAACCCGAGGACGAUCUGCCCGAGGCACCCCCAAAGACCAGGGAGAGCGACCACUCCCGCUCCAGCUCCCCCACCGCAGGACCCAGCACCGAGGGGACCGAGGGCCCGGAGGAGAAGAAGAAGGUGAAGAUGCGCCGGAAGCGGCGGCUUCCCAACAAGGAGCUGAGCAGGGAGCUGAGCAAGGAGCUCAACCACGAGAUCCAGAGGACGGAGAGCAGCCUGGCCAAUGAGAACCAGCAGCCCAUCAAGUCGGAGCCUGAGAGCGAGGGCGAGGAGCCCAAGCGGCCCCCAGGCAUCUGCGAGCGUCCCCACCGCUUCAGCAAGGGGCUCAACGGCACCCCUCGGGAGCUGCGGCACCAGCUGGGACCCGGCCUGCGCAGCCCGCCCCGUGUCAUCUCCCGGCCCCCACCCUCCGUGUCCCCGCCCAAGUGUAUCCAAAUGGAGCGCCAUGUGAUCCGGCCACCCCCCAUCAGCCCCCCGCCGGACUCGCUACCCCUGGACGAUGGGGCAGCCCACGUCAUGCACAGGGAGGUGUGGAUGGCCGUCUUCAGCUACCUCAGCCACCAAGACCUGUGUGUCUGCAUGCGGGUCUGCAGGACCUGGAACCGCUGGUGCUGCGAUAAGCGGUUGUGGACCCGCAUUGACCUGAACCACUGCAAGUCUAUCACACCCCUGAUGCUGAGCGGCAUCAUCCGGCGACAGCCUGUCUCCCUCGACCUCAGCUGGACCAAUAUCUCCAAGAAGCAGCUGAGCUGGCUCAUCAACCGGCUGCCUGGGCUCCGGGACUUGGUGCUGUCAGGCUGCUCAUGGAUCGCGGUCUCGGCCCUUUGCAGCUCCAGUUGUCCGCUGCUCCGGACUCUGGAUGUCCAGUGGGUGGAGGGACUAAAGGAUGCCCAGAUGCGGGAUCUCCUGUCCCCGCCCACGGACAACAGGCCAGGUCAGAUGGACAAUCGGAGCAAGCUCCGGAACAUCGUGGAGCUGCGCCUGGCAGGCCUGGACAUCACAGAUGCCUCCCUGCGGCUCAUCGUCCGCCACAUGCCCCUGCUCUCCAAGCUCCACCUCAGUUACUGUAACCACGUCACCGACCAGUCCAUCAACCUGCUCACCGCUGUUGGCACCACCACCCGAGACUCCUUAACCGAGAUCAACCUGUCUGACUGCAAUAAGGUCACUGAUCAGUGCCUGUCCUUCUUCAAACGCUGUGGAAACAUCUGUCACAUUGACCUGAGGUACUGCAAGCAAGUCACCAAGGAAGGCUGUGAGCAGUUCAUAGCCGAGAUGUCUGUGAGUGUCCAGUUUGGGCAAGUAGAAGAAAAACUCCUGCAAAAACUGAGUUAGUCCAAGGACAAGAAUGUAAAUACGGGGUGGGCUCUGGGAGGGGAAGAGACUUUACAAAAAUGAGGGCUUUUAUUUUCCAUUUGGAACGUGGGACAACAGACCACAAUGCAAUUCCAUUUUGCAAGUCUUUCCAAGGGAGAAGCUGUUCAACCACCCAUUUGGGGGAUGAGUGAGGCGACACUUUCCUUUGGUCUUUCUAAAUCGUAACUGCACUGCUUUCUGGACCAUUUCUAAGGCGGCCUUUACAAGAAGACAUUCCUGUCAGAGAGGAGGGUGGACUUUGGAGAAAUUCUCAUACUGAAGCAUGAGCUUAGGAGUUUCUGUUAGUGGUAGUGGUGUUUUGGACACUUCAUUCCUUGCAACACUGAGGUUUUGGGUGUUGACGUAAAGUGGACCACACACCACAUCUGCUGCCGUCUUGACACUUUUUUUUGUUUGGUUGGUUUUGUUACAUCCUACAUUAUGCAGAACUAUUUUUGUACAAAUUGUUUAAAAGUUAUUUAUGCAAGGUUGAAUGCAUACCAGUGUUUUUAUUGUUUUGAGAUUGCCAAUUUUCCUGAUUUCCUUAAGGUAGGAGAGAAUUUAACGUGUACUUCAUCGACACAACCCAUCUACAAAUGUGCCCAGAUCUAACAAAGCAGGCUAAGACCUUCCACUUAAAAGCAUGUUUAACUGGAAGUUGAGAGCCUGCUUUGUACCUCAAGAGUUACAUGAGCAUGUUGUGGAUAAAUGUAAAUUAUAGUUGAAGUAAGAUACUCUGCCAGGUUUCCUCUGUAGAGAAUUCACUUUUCUCAAAUUUUAAAAUUUCGACUUCAGCCUUUGCACUCAGGAGGGUCUGCUCCAGCAUGAGCUCUUGUACUUACAUAGAUCUAAUUUAUACAGUGAGUCAAGACGUAGAAUAAAUGCUCCCACAUAGCCUUUCUUUUGCUUUUUUCUCUCCUCUGAAGUGUGACUUGAGUUCUCAUUUAGGUUUGUAACAUGGCUAUUUCCUAGUUGUAAAGUUCUGCAUUUAUAAGUGCCAUUGUUGUAAGGUGGUGUUUCCUAGACCUUCCCUGAUGCGAUUUUACCUUUGUUGAAUUUGUAUAAACAAUUGUACAAAAAAAAACCACUCUUGAACUUUGAGGGUUUUUGUUCUAGGAGUGGACUAGAAGUUUAAGCCCAGAGUCAGUAAACACUGUUUUGAGGCCCAAA